GUCUGUGCAAUUUCAACAGUUUUCUUCGUGUAUGUAUUUUCCCCCAGUUACUCUGUGGGCUGAUGCUAGACAGGGAACUGUUAAUGCCAGAAUAGAAAGUUUAUUUUUCUGAUACAUUCAGUCAGAAGAACCAUUGGCUUGUACAAACAUUGAAUGGAAUUAGAAAGUGUUCCUUUGACCUUGCAUAAACGGACACAGAUUGAGCAAAAAGUUUACAUUCAAGUUCCUGAAUAAAGUGGCUGCAUGAAAAUAACUGGAAGCCCUGCAGCAAAGGAACAGUCCUCAGAGUAUUGCAAUUUUAGACCUAACAACCAAGCUGGUGCUAUUCGUUAAAAAUAAUGGGGGAACGCUUUGAUUGCCACUAUUGUAAGGAAUCCCUCCUUGGCAAGAAGUAUAUCUUGCGGGAUAACAACCAGUACUGUGUUAAAUGUUUUGAAAAUCUGUACUCUAAUGUGUGUGAAGAGUGUAAGGCGCCCAUCGGCAGUGACAGUAAGGAUUUAUCCUAUAAGGAUCUUCACUGGCAUGAAAAAUGUUUCAACUGUGCUAAAUGUAGCCGUUCUCUGGUUGAAAAACCUUUUGCUGCCAAGGAUGAAAAUCUUCUGUGUACUGAAUGUUAUUCUAAUGAAUACUCCGCAAAAUGCUUUGCCUGCAAAAAGACCAUCAUGCCUGGAUCUCGUAAAAUGGAAUACAGAGGAAAUAGUUGGCAUGAAACCUGCUUCGCUUGCAAACGUUGCCGGCAGCCAAUAGGAACCAAAUCAUUUAUACCCAAGGAGAAUGAUGCCUAUUGUGUCCCAUGCUAUGAAAAACAGUUUGCUCAGCACUGUUCAUCCUGCAAAAAGGCAAUAACGACUGGAGGAGUGAGUUAUCAUGACCAGCCAUGGCAUAAGGAAUGUUUUCUGUGUACUGGAUGCAAAAUGCAACUAACUAGUCAGCGUUUCACCUCAAGGGAUGACUUCCCAUAUUGUCUGGAUUGUUUUAGCAACCUCUAUGCUAAAAAGUGCACAGCUUGUGGCAAAGCAAUUGCUGGUCUCGGAGGUUCAAAGUAUAUCUCCUUUGAAGAUCGCCAGUGGCACAACGACUGCUUCAACUGUAAAAAAUGUGCCAUCUCAUUGGUCGGUCGAGGAUUCCUCACAAAACGUGAUGAUGUCCUCUGCCCUGAAUGCGGCCGUGAUGCUUAAACUGUGAAAUCAAAUCUAAUCAAACCUGGAUUUUGAAAUAAAUGGUAGCACAUUUCUAUCGAUCAAAAAUAUAUCUACAGCUUUCAGCAUAGAAAUACGCAUAGUCAAUAAUGUUUCUCAAGCAGCUAGACAUAAUGGGUCAGAUUAUAUAGACAGCAGCCAAGCAACUGCACUCAUCACUGACCUCAAAGAAAUCUACCCACAUGGCACCGUGGCUCAGUGGUUCGCACAGCAGCCUCACAGCACGAUGAACCUGGGGUCAAUUCCGCCCUCAGGCGACUGUCUGUGUGGAGUUCGCACAUUCUCCCUGUGUCUGUGUGGGUUUCUUCUGGGUGGUCCUGUUUCCUCCCACAGUCCAAAGAUGUGCAGGCUAGGUCAACUGGCCAUGCUAAAUUGCCCGUAGCGUUCAGGGAUGUGUAGAUUAGGUGGUUUAUAGAGGGAUGGUUCUGGGUGGGAUGCACUGUGGGUUGGUGUGGAUUUGUUGGGCUGAAGGGCCCAUUUCCACACUGUAGGGAUUCUAUGAUAGAUGUAGUCACCUCUGUGGUGCAAUUUUACCCGUUGUCACUUCCCAGCAUCAUUUACUGUCUAUAGAGUAUAUGGUAUGCGGUAGUAUUGUUGCCAGCAAACGGGUAAGCAGCCAAUCGCACUGAAGUGUUCAUAUACUUCAAACCAGAAUGUUCAAAACCCUUAUAACAUCCUUCAUUAAUAUACAUAUAUGUAUGUAAAUAUUGCAAAUGCUGAAAGUCUGAAGUCAAAACUGAAAAGACUGGAGAAACUCAGGGGCUCGAGCAGAGUCUAUGGAGAGAAAAACAAAGUUAAUUUUUUAUGUUCUUGAUGGGUCCUCUUCAGCACCGGGCAUGAAAUUUUAACCCUGUUUUUCUCUCUCUACCAGACCUGCCGAGACUUUCCAGCUCUUUGUAUCUUUGCUUAAUAUCCUCUACUAUUGAUUUAACUAUUAUGGAUAACGAAACAAGUUAUUCCUGGAUUCAGAUUAAAACUAACGUAAGGAUAAACUUUAAAAAGUUUUUUUUUUAAACUUAGAAUUUUCUUCAUAAUUUGAAAUACCAUAAAUUUAAAAAUAAGUUUCUUAGGGCCAGUGAGGGUAUUUAACAGUAAUUAUAAAGUUUAAAUCCUCUCUAAAAAACAACAGAGGUAUAUCACAUUGAAUAGGGUGCAACUUUUCCAAGAAUGUUGAAAUCAAGGCUAAAUAUAAGAGUAGGGGCUUUGUCUAUUCAAAUGGUUUCCCAUGGUUUGCAGUCGAUAAUUGUAUCAACAGCCCCACUCUUGGAGAACAAUGGGGUUAUGAUUUCUGCUCCCUGACCGUAUUAUAAAGACAUCGAGACAUGUAAACUCCAAUGAGUAGCUUUCCUGUUGUGUAAGAGGCUGCCUCUGAUCUGUGUGAGCGAGAUGUUAGGAGGCACCUCCAGCCUUGGAUCAUUGAGUGCCUUAAAGCAGCUGAGCCAUGACGACUAAAGGAAUUUAUCCCACUGCUACGAGUAUUUUACCCAUGACAGUUCAGGGACCUAUGCAUGCUGGAAACACAGUUGCUGUAUCAGCAUGGGCUGAUGUCUGAUAAAAGGGUAGCUGUCCUUUGCGGGUCCCUGGGGCCCAUUGGAGGUAUCACCCACAAUCAGCCCCAUCCACAGGCCUUCCCUGUUGUCUCUUGAACCUGGCACUGUGGCUAUGUGAGUUUCUCUCCCCCUUCCACAUCCUGGGCUGCUCAGUGUGGUGAGGCGGCCUGUGAUCCCAGCAGUUUUCUGUGCUCCUGCUGGCAGUGAUGGGACUACAAAGCUGAUUGUGCACCAGUCUAAUUACUUUCAGCACUAAGAUGCUCUUUGUCCCUGUAGAAAUUGUGGGUAAGGGCUGCUCACCCACCUUUUAACCAGAAUAGAUGGGGUGUGCUGCGCUCUGCAUUAAAUAGCCCACAGAAUCACCGACAGCAACAUUAAUCCAUACGGACUCGAGAAAUGGUUGUGAGUUUCAGUGCAGCAAGGACGAUGAAAGCUUGCAGUUUCAUCAGUAACAUUACAGAAUCUGGCCAUUGAAGUUUCUGACAGAAGUAAUUUUUGACUGUAGUGAAAGUUCUUUUUCUGAGUACCUUAAGGUAUCAUCCCUACAGAACAUGUUUUAUUUUCUUUUGCUUUCAAUGUUAGCCUUCUCGUAAAAGAUUGGAGUGACUGGGCUUGUAUACACUUGAGUUUAGAAGGAUGAGAGGGGAUCUGAUUGAGACGUAUAAGAUAAUUAAAGGAUUGGACACUCUGGAGGCAGGAAGCAUGUUUCCGCUGAUGGGGGAUUCCAGAACCAGAGGACACAGUUUAAAAAUAAGGGGUAGGCCAUUUAGAACAGAGUUGAGGAGAAACUUCUUCACCGAGAGAGUGGUGGAUAUAUGGAAUGCUGUGCCCCAGAAGGCAGUGGAGGCCAAGUCUCUGGAUACUUUCAAGAAAGAGAUGGAUAGAGCUCUUAAAGAUAGUGGAAUCAAGGGUUAUGGGGAUAAGGCAGGAACAGGAUAUUGAUUGUGGAUGAUCAGCCAUGAUCAUGAUGAAUGGUGAUGCUGGCUUGAAGGGCCGAAUGGCCUACUCCUGCACCUAUUGUCUAU